GAAAUGAUGCAACAGAAGACACACUGAAAGAUGUUUGAACAGGAAAAGGAAAGGACUUUGGACAGUUUUCCCAAGUUAAUGAGAGAACCUCAUAUCCUUCUUAUAAAACACUGUUAGCUGACUCAAGUUCUGCUCUCACCGAGCUCUAGAAGCCCGAAGCUCAUUAUACCAUGUCUUAUUCUUCAGUGUAACUUAUAGUUACUUACUUUUUUCAUCUCAUACUUCAUGAAGUUUCUCCUUUUACAUUUUGGUUAAAUUAAAAGGAUUUGCAAAAUUUGGACUUUUUGGACCGAAGGUUCCUCUGUGAAGUGAAUCGUUGAAGGACGAUGGCAUGUGUUAAAGAGCUGCUCGUAAACCCACUGAAGGAUCUGGUUAAGGAUGAUCUAAAAGAGUUUCGGUGGCACUUGAAGAAUUAUGAGGGUGUUUCAGCUUCUGAGAUGGAGAAUGCAGAUGUCUUAGACACAGUAGAUAAAAUGAUGGCACUUUUUGGAGAAAAAGAAGCUGUUGAGAUCACAAUUAACAUCCUGAAGAAGAUGAACCAGAAUCUUCUGGUUGAAGAGAUAGAGAACCAAUACAUCAGAGUCUCAACUCCUAAAGUUGCUGAUACAGCUGAUUACAGAGAGAUCAGUCUCAGGCUGAAGAACAGAUUACAAGAAGACUAUAAUCGGAUAUUGAUUGGUAAUUCACAAACGGGUCAUCAGAAAUAUCUGAACGAUAUUUACACUGAUCUAUACGUGGUGGAGAACGAGACUGGAGGAAUAGUGAAUGACCACGAGGUGAGACGCAUUCAACUGAACAUCCACCACGUUACUGUGAAGAACACCACAAUCUUGUGCAAUGAUCUGUUCAAAGUUCAGCAUGAUGAUGGUCGACAAAACAAAAAAGUGUUAACAAUGGGGAUUGCUGGGGUGGGAAAAACUGUCUCUGUCAAUAAGUUCAUUCUUGACUGGGCUGAAGAAAAGGAAAAUCAGGACAUUCUCUUCAUAUUUCCACUCCCAUUCCGUAGACUGAAUAUGAUUACAAAGGACUGCAGUCUCAUGGAACUGCUUCACGAAUGCUUCUUUAGUGAUCCUCAAGAGCUACCCUUACUUCCUAAGGAUGACUGUAAGGUCAUGUUCAUUUUCGAUGGGCUGGAUGAAUGUCGCUUCCCUUUGAGAUUUCAUGAUUGUGAUAGAUUAAUGGAUGUGCAUGAAAAAACAACUGUGAGUCAGAUAGUAACAAACCUGAUCAAAAGGAAUCUGGUUUCGUCUGCUCUCAUCUGGAUCACAUCCAGACCAGCAGCAGCCGGUCUGAUACCCAGAGACCACAUUGAUCAGGUGACAGAAGUGCGAGGAUUCAACGAUGAGCAAAAAGAGCAAUAUUUCAUCAAAAACAGCAGUCUUGAGCUUGCCGGAAACAUCAUGCGUCACAUCAGAAAAUCAAGGAGUCUGUACAUCAUGUGCCACAUCCCUCUUUUCUGCUGGAUCUCUCUCACUGUUCUUCAGCCUCUGCUGGCUCGAGAGAGCAAUGACAAAACUCCUACAACUCUCACAGAGAUGUACACAGCCUUCUUGCUUUCUCAGAAGCAACAGAUGGAAAAAAAAUACAGUGAUAAUCCUGAACUUAGGUUAGAAGCCAGAUGCUUUGAUAAGAUUGUCCUGAAGCUUGGGAAACUGGCCUUUAAACAGCUGGAGAAAGGAAAUCUGAUUUUCUACAAAGAAGAUCUUGAGGAGUGUGGACUAGAUGUCAGUGAAGGGUCGGUGUACUCUGGAUUAUGCACUCAGAUCUUUCAGGAGGAAAAGGCUGUUUCAGCCAAAAACAUUUACAGCUUUGUACAUCUCAGUGUCCAGGAGUUCCUUGCUGCUCUCUAUGUGUUUUUGAUUUACAAAGAUGAGAAAUCAAACCUAUUUUUUCACACAUGGAAAAAGACAAUAUCAUGGAAACUUUCUAACAGGCCACUGUUUCAUCUUCUGAAGUCUGCAGUCAACAAGGCAUUACAAAGUGAGAAUGGACACCUGGACCUUUUCCUCCGGUUUCUCUUGGGUCUCUCAUUGGAGUCCAAUCAGAAUGACUUGAAGGAACUGCUGCCAGAAGUGGAACUGAAAACUAUGAAUAUUAAAAACACCGUUGACUAUAUAAAACAGACAAUAGAGAAGGAGAAAUCAGCGGAGAGGACAAUCAAUCUGUUCUUCUGCCUAAGUGAACUGAAAUAUGACUUUGUAAGUGAUAUCCAGAAGAACCUGAGCUCUGGAAAUCUUUCAGCACAGAAUCUGUCCUCUGCUCAGUGGUCAGCUCUGGUGUAUGUGCUGCUGAUGUCAGAAAGCACUCAAGAUAAGUUGGAACUGCAAAAAUACAGAAGAUCUGAAGAAGCACUGAUGAGAAUGUUGCCAGUGAUCAAAAACACAAGAAGGGCACUGCUACAGUCCUGUAAUCUCACUGUUGAGUGUUGUGGGAGUUUGUCGUUGGUGUUACAGUCCUCUAUCCUGAGGGAGCUGGAUCUGAGUAACAAUGACCUGCAGGAUUCAGGAGUGAAGCUGCUCUCCGAUGGACUGAAGAGUCCAAACUGUCAGCUGCAGAUACUGAGGUGA